AGUAGUAUUUGUCUUCUUGCAAAAAGCCGAUAUGUCUGUAAUGAUGCACCAACAACCCAAUAUGCAAGCCAAGCAAAGAGUGGCAAGAAUAAUAGGACAAAUGAUCCUGUCAGAAUUAGAAUAAGAGUAGGUAAUAUUUUUAUAAUUUUAGGGGGCUAUUUAGGGGAGAUUAUUUACGGGGCGAUAUAUUUUUUAGUACCAUAAGUGAUCUCAAUGAAAAUGUUGACUUAAAAGUGCCGGUUUUCGUUAUUUUUGUAAUAAUUAGUACCUUUUUCUAAUAAAUAAUUUAAAAAUAUUCAAAUACUAUUACUUACAAACCAAUCUUUAAUUAAAAUAAACUCAAUAUGUUAUUUAUAUGGUCAAAUCAUUACAUGGGUCUGUAAGACCCUAUGUCCGUGCUAAAAUACAAGAUGUCAAUAUUUAGGUUAGGUAGAUAGAGGAAUUUUGCCUCUGCUUACGUCAAAUCCAACGAUUGUAUGGUCUUUUUUGUACGAUAUAAAAAUAAUUCCAGAAAAUGCCUUGUUAGAAAAGGCCUGUGCUGUUUGCAAAUAACCAUAGCCAAUGGAGAAAAUUGUGACAUAAAUGGACAAGAAUUUAUUGAAGAAAUCUAAAUCCAUUAUUAAAAGAUCUGUAAUCAGGAGAGCCAAUAAAAGUUCUUAUAAAAAUAACGAUCGGCAAGAUGUUUUUGCGAAUGUAUGUGCAGCACUUCGUAUCCUAUUAACUGUUGCCAAAGGAGAACAAAGUUCUUACCUAAGGUCUACUGUAUCAGGAAAGACUGUCCUAACUGACUGGCCUAAAAGUUAAAUUAUUUAGAAUUGAUAAAAAAGUUUGCAAGUGCUAAAGCUAGAAAAGUGUCAAUAUAGUUAUAUUCUUGCGAUAUUCAAUCGAUUUGUUUGCAUGAAAAUCAGAAUAAAUAAAAGAAGUUGACAAGCAUAAUAAAUUAUUGUUAUUUUUUGCGACCCACAUCACAUACAGUCGUGGUCAACUAAUUAGGGACACUCUUUGGUUAAACCGAAUUGUUAAUUAGUCAUUUAUGUGCCCGAUUAUACAAACAAUAACAACUUAUUAAACAUUAAGGGCCUGUUUCACAAUCGCGAAGUAAAGUUCUAAGUAAGCUACUUCGAACAUAACUGCUCAGUAAACUACUUAAUUGCGUUUCACAAUCCAACAGUAAGGUUAAUCACCACUUUAUCUGAUCAGUAAAUUAAUCAUCGGAUGGACUGCCAAGUAGCCGUUUACUGGAUAAGUAAAUUUGACAAAUGUUAUAACCUCAAAUAAAUGCGGUUCGAAAUCCGCAUUUAAUUAAAGUGCCUAUCAAUUUGUUUUCGUUUUAAAAUGGAUAUUUUUGAUAUUAUUGAAGAGGAAUUCGAUGAAUUUUUUGAUCGAGUGACGGGACCGCGUAGGGAACCAAUAUUUCGAAAUCGUUCGAAUAAUAUGGAAAAAUAUGACGAUACUGACUUCAAGAUGAGAUUUCGACUCUCUAAAGUAGCUGUGACUUAUGUUUUUUCUCUAAUACAGGACACAAUAACUGCUCCUACGUCGAGGAAUUAUGCAGUUACGCCUAUGGAUCGUCUUUUAUUAACAUUGAGAUAUUAUGCAACAGGAAGUUUCCUUACCGUAGUAGGUGACUUCACUGGUGUAAGCAAGGCUUCUGCUAGUCGCAUUGUUAAGUUAGUUUCACAUGCGAUUGCGCAAUUACGAUUACAAUUUAUAAAAUUUCCUACAAAUACGAAUCACCUGCAGGAAGAGUUUUAUGAUAUCGCAAGAUUUCCCAAAGUAAUAGCCGCUAUUGAUUGUACACACAUACCUAUCAAAUCUCCAGGUGGAGAAAAUGCAGAAAAUUUUAGAAACAGAAAGUCAUUUUUUUCUUUUAAUGUUCAAGCUCUGGUAACUGCAAAAUUGAAAAUAAUUGACAUUGUGGCUAGAUGGCCCGGAGCAACCCAUGAUCAAACUAUAUUCAAUAAUUCAUUUAUAAAGCAACAAUUGAUGAACAGAGAAUUUGGUCCUUGUGUAGUUCUCGGUGAUAAUGGAUACGAAAACAAUUCAUAUCUUCUAACGCCCCUCUCAAAUCCAAGAACACCUGCAGAGCAACUGUACAAUGAAUCCCAGAUAAGAACCAGGAAUGUGGUAGAAAGAACAUUUGGUGUUUGGAAAAAUCGGUUCCCUGUUCUAACCAAAAAAAUAAUAUUGCAUGUAUCACGAGUUCAGGCUGUGAUUGUGGCAUGUGCAGUAUUACACAACAUUGCUAUUGAUAUGGGAGAUCAACAAUUUGAAGAAAACUGGCCAGAAGAGUCUGACAACGGGGAGGAAUAUCACAGCAGCACACAGAAUACAGAGGAUAGUAGUGUACGCAGCAACUUAAUAAAUGACUAUUUUGCUUCACUAAUACGAUGAAUAGCUAUGUACAAAAAUUUAUUGGAAAUAAAAUGUUUACACAA